AUGGGCAGGCGCGGCGCGGGGACGACCUUGCUGCAGCGGCUCUCCCUGCUCGUCCUGCUCUCCACGACGCCCCCCGUCCCGCCCGCAGGGACCCACGGCUGCACCUCGGUGGCCGUGGCGUCGCCCGUCGUCCCUCUGGGAUCGGCCGUCACGGCGUCCUGCACCGUCCGGAGCGAGCUCUGCCGCGGGCUGGAGCGCGGGAAGAUCCGCAUCGCCUGGAUGCUGGACAGCGAGCCCAUGGCCGGGAGCCAGCACCGGGGCCCGGGGGGCGCGGAGGUGUCCAACCUCACUGUGCCCCACUUCAACCGCAGCCAGGCUCGGCUGUGGUGCCUGGUGGAGUGGAACGGCACGCGGCAGCGCGUCGGCAUGGCCGAGCUCCGGGCGGGCUACCCGCCGGCGAAGCCCUUCAACCUCACCUGCAUGCUGAACCUCAGCGACUACGGGCUGACGUGCCAGUGGGAGCGCGCGGCCGACAGCCUGCCCACCACCGUCGCGCUCAAGUGCGCCACGAGCAGAGCGCAGCGGGAGGCCGCCGGCGAGGCCGUCACGGGCUGCAUCCCGCGCGGCGCCCGCCGCCGCUGCACCGUGCCCCGCAGGCUGCUCCAGCUCUACCGUAAAAUGCACAUCUGGGUGCACGCCCGCAACGCCCUGGGCACCGCCGAGUCGGAGCGCCUCUGCAUCGACCCCAUGGACGUGGCCAAGGUGGAGCCUCCGACGCUGCUGAGCGUCCAGUCGGUGCCGCACCAGACGGACUGCGUCUCCGUGGCCUGGGAGGCGGCCGGCAGCAGCGCGCACAUGGAGCUGCAGUGCGAGCUGCGCUACCGCACCCCGGGGGAGCCGGCCUGGGCGCUGGUGCCCGGCAUCGGCGGCCCGGCGCGGCCGGCGCAGCACUGCGGCUUCCUCUUCGGGACGCAGUACCACUUCCAGAUGCGCUGCCGGCGGCCCGCGCCCGGGGGCUACUGGAGCGAGUGGAGCCCGGGCAGGAACUUCACCACCCACGAGAAAGCCCCCGCGGGGAGGCUGGACGCGUGGUGGAGCGCGCGGCCCGCGGGCGCCGGCCGGAGGGUCGAGGUGCAGCUGUGCUGGAAGGCUCCGCCGCGCCGCGAGGCCAACGGCAGGCUGCUGGGCUACCGCGUGGCGCUGAGCCCGCGGCGGCGCGGCCGGGAGCCCCCCGCCGUCUGCGACACCGCCGACACCCAGUGCAACUUCUCCGCGCCGGCGGGCGCCGGGAGGGUCUAUCUCAGCGCCUACAACGCUGCCGGCGAGUCGGCCGCCACGGAGGUUGUCCUCCUGGAGAAGACGGGCCGGCCCCUGGGGGGGCUCCGGGCCGUGCCGGCCGGCGAGCGCAGCCUCUGGGUGCACUGGGAGCUGCCGCCGGCCCCGGCCACCGGCUACGUCCUGGAGUGGCACCCGACGUCCUCGGAGCCGCCCGGCUGCAGCGCCUGCUGGCAGAGGGAGCGCGACGGGGGCACCACCCGGGCCCUGAUCGCAGAUGGCAUCGAGCCCUUCCAGAGGUACAAUAUUUCGGUGUACCCCAUCUACAAGGACGUCGUCGGGAUGCCUGCCUACACAGCAGCCUACUCCAAGCAGAAGGCCCCGUCCCGCGCCCCGAAGCUCCACCUGAAGAGCAUCAGCAAGUCCCAUGCCGAGCUCUGCUGGGACUCGAUACCCGUUGAGAUGCAGAAUGGCUUUAUCACCAACUACACCAUCUUCUGGGCCAACAGCACCGCAGAUGUGUCUAGUGCUGUUGUGAAUUCGUCCCUCAACUCCUUCGUCAUCUGGGACCUGAAGCCUUCGACCCUGUACAAAGUGCACAUCAUGGCCUCUACGGCGGCGGGCAGCACCAACGGCACCAGCCUGACCCUGGUGACCAUGGUGCUAGAUGACAUUGAAAUCCAGUUCCUCUUCUUGACCCUUGGGCUGAUCUUCGUCCUGCUCAUACUUUUGAUGAUCUGCUUCCAGAAGAAUGGGAGGGUGAAGAAGCAGUUCUGGCCCAGCGUCCCUGACCCUGCCAACAGCAGCCUCAGCAAAUGGGUGCCAGCAGAGCUACAGCAGGAGCCUCUGCAGAUCCCUGGUGUGAGGGAACCUGGCCUGGCGACCAUUUCUACUGUCACAGUGCUUGAAACGGUAGCAGGGAAAAAGCUGUGGGGCAAGGAUCCCAUGGCGGAAACGACCAGGGGCUUCCCAGACCUGCCCAAGUCCUACAUCCAGCAGGAUGGACCCGACACACCAAGCGGCAGCAGAGACACGUCAGAAAUGAGUCAGGAGUGCUACAGGAAUGGAGGGGAGACAGUCCAGUAUGCGCAGGUGGUCGGGGACGGUUACAAGGGCCAGCAGCACAUCCCAUCUCGCCUCUACCUCCGCUCCAGCUCCACCCAGCCCCUGCUUUUCAAUUGCAGCCCCAGCCCCAAGCCCUACGAGAACCUGUGGUUCCAUGGGGUCGCCCCAGAGAGGCUGUACGGCCAGGGCAGCAAGGAGGACAAGGGCUUCCUCGAGGAGCCACUCAUCAACUUCCCCCUGCUGCAGGGCCUGAAGAUCAGUGGGGCUGAGGAGCUCUAUGACUUCCAGAGAUUUUAGCUCUGGGCAAAGGCCAAGCAACGGGAAGCACUAAUGACUGCAUCCCUGACCCCUGCGCCUUCCCAGGAGGGACAUCCAGCUGGGCUCACCCACGCCCAGAGCAUCCCUGCCGCAGGCAGGCCAGGCAGGCACGGCCUGCAGGCAGCCCCCGACCCAGAGCAUCGCUCCGUACCCCGCGCUGCGACACUAGCGAUCCCAGCCCCGCAGAGAGCCAGGCCGGGGUACGCCCCACCGAGGCGCCCACGCAUCUUCCCAGCUCCCACGCAGAUUAGCGGCAGGCUCCAAAGGCCUUGCUGUGCACGGGAAGGCUACAGCACGGAAAACCCCUGAGAGGGACACGCGGGCAGCGUGUGCUCCCCUGAGCGUCCCUUCUGCUGCAGCUGCCCCAGCGUGACGCUGUGCGAAGGACCCGGCAGCGACCUAGCUACGAGACCGCAAAGCUCCCUACCUCCUACAGCGUUACCUGAACAGUCAUUUAAGCUCACCGAUCAGCUCCCUGGCACCGCCAGGCAGCUCAGGGAUUUCACUGCACUUUGGGAACCCCCAGGUCGCUCCGUGCUGUUUAUUUCUGCUUUUCCAUAUGCUCACACAAUAAAAGGGGGAUUGGAGGGGA